UUCCGUGUAUAUAUUUUUCGUAUUCUGACUGAAGUGAAUGCAAUUUUACAUCAUAGGUAGCAUAACGUCAUUAGCUGAAAGUUUAGUAAUCUUAGGGCCUCAACUUUACAGGCUAACAUGUCUGAAUCUUUGCUCCGUUGGUGCGUCGACGAGUUACACAAGAACUUUGGUUUGGAGGCAUGCGAUGAUAUUGUUAAGUAUAUCUUGUCAAUUGACAAUGUUGAGGAAAUAGUUGAAUAUGUUGGGGACCUGCUCGGAGGGACGGAUGGGAAGAAGAAGCUGUUCAUUGACGAGCUUGUGAAGCGAUGGAGGUUUUUCAUGCAAGGGGCCCCUGAGAACCCAAAUCUAAUUCCCAUGAUCGUGUCAACAGAGUUUCCAGAUAUGAGUAAAGACGCGCAGAAGAAGACCAAACGUAAAGGAAGAAACAAGCAAGAAUUCCUUACUGUCAAUCCUGCAGAGCCUGAACCAGAGACAGUGAAAACUCCGAUUGAUCUGCUCAAGGCACAGGAGAACAGCAUUUCAUCCUCUGGAAAGAAGAAGACGACCAAAUUUGUAAAUCUAUAUGCCAAAGAGGGCCAGGAUUGUCUGUCUAUACUCCUACCAGGACGUCAUGCGUGCGAGUGUCUGGGACAGAAACACAACCUCAUCAAUAACUGCAUGACCUGUGGACGCAUUGUCUGUGAACAGGAGGGUUCUGGUCCCUGCCUCUUCUGUGGCAUUUUGGUUUGUACAAGAGAAGAGCAAGAGAUUCUACAGCGGGAUUCCAAUAAAAGCCAGAAACUGCGGAAAAAGCUUAUGGGGGACCGAGUGGUGCCAUGGGAGGGCAUGGACUAUCUGCCCCACCAGGAGGCCAAGAUGAAAGCAGGGAUGGAGAAAGCGCUACAGCACAAAGAGAAGCUGCUUGAGUAUGACAGGAACAGCGUACGCCGAACACAGGUCCUGGACGACGAGUCUGACUACUUUGCGACGGACUCCAACCAGUGGCUGUCUCCGAACGAGCGCUCUUCUCUGCGCAAGCGUGAGGAAGAGCUGCGGGAUCUCAAGCAAGCCUCUCGUAAAGACCGCAAGAUCACGCUGGACUUCGCCGGCCGGAAGGUGAUUGAGGAGGAUGGGAACCUCAAGCAGUACUACGACAAAUUAGAUGAGACUGUCCAGGCCAUGAAUGCUGGAUCUACGGUCCAGGCAAGCAGGAGGCCAGAAAGAGUGCAGGGGGAGCCACUGAGAGAUCUGGUCAACCCCAACAUCAUGCAGGCAGCACCACAGUGGGUGGACAUUAGUGGUGGCUCAGGCUCCCACAGGCUCCAGCAGCAUAAGGCUUCUGGGGGGAAUCAGGACCCAGAGCGCUCCAGGCUCCGGCUGCAGGACGCUGAGCUGCAGCAGAUGGCCGACGGAGGCUGGUCCCUCAGCAUGCACCAGCCCUGGGCCUCAUUGCUCGUCAAGGGCAUCAAGAGAGUGGAGGGGCGGUCGUGGUAUACCUCCCAUCGAGGCUGUUUGUGGAUUGCGGCUGCGGCCAAGCGUCCCACGCCCCAGGAGAUUACCCAGGUGGAGGACAUGUACCGCCAGCUCUACAAAAAAGCCCCCCGGUUCCCCCAGGAGUAUCCAACCGGUUGCCUGCUGGGCUGUGUGCACAUGACCGACUGCCUCUCCCAGGAUCAGUUCAGAGAGCAGUAUCCCCAGAUCUCCGAGGAGUCUGCCUCUCCAUUUGUCUUCAUUUGUUCCAACCCCCGGGAGAUGAUAGUAAAGUUCCCCAUGAAAGGGAAACACAAGAUCUGGAAACUGGAAAGUCAGUACCACCAGGCUGCAAAAAAAGGGUUAAUACCAUCGGCUGCAGAGUGACCAGAGUAAUCCAGUGUUGGGCUGAGACCCCAGAGGAACAGAGGCUGAUGAGUCAUUUAGAGGACAUCCGUCUGAUCACAUGGGAAGUACAAUGGACCCCGGCAAGCAAUAUCAAGUGUUGGCUUCAUCCGUUUAGCGGAGAUUCAUGACAUUUAGAAAAAAGAAGAGAAGUAUUUUAAGCGAUACCAUAUAGUACCUUAUUGUAAUAUAAUUAAAUACACAAUUCUUUA